AAUAGGGGUAAAAAUGGUUUUUUUCAUAGAAAGUGGAAAUAUUUUGUGGCUGUGUGGGGAGUAAUUUUUAUCUUCAUCUACUUGAGUAUUUGUCAAAGAAUUACUCCUUCAGCCAUGGAAACAGCGGUCACUGCUUCCGGUCAUUCCGAUCGCCCUCUCAUUUACCCCAAGCCCCAAGCCGAGUUCCAAGAGAUCGUUCGAAACCCGGAGCUUUUCUGGCAAAAUCUCCAAGCUUUUCACAUUUCCCUGGGCGACGAAUACGUGAUUCCUAAUGCAGCGGGAAAGCCUCUAGACCUAUAUCGCCUCUUUGUGGAGGUUGCCUUACGAGGCGGAAUUGAAAAGGUUAUUAGAGAUCGAAGAUGGGAAGACGUUGUUGGGGCAUUCACUUUUCCAUCCUGUGUAACGAGCGCAUCAUUCAUCUUAAGAAAGCACUACCUCUCUCUGCUAUAUCACUUUGAGCAGGUCUAUUACUUCCGCAAGGAAGAGCCUUCCUCUGUCCCCGACCCUACAAGCAAAGCAUUCAAUUCCUUAGAAAUGGGGACUCCCAGUCUUGAAGUUGGCAACUCAGUUAUUGGCACAAUUGAUGCAAAGUUUGAGGAUGGGUAUGUAAUCACGGUGAACGUGGGCUCGGAGAUAUUGAACGGGGCUCUUUAUCACAAACCAAUGCAAACACACUCACCUCAGAGCGCUACCACUUCAAGUGGACAUGCUAAGCAGACUCCAAAGAAAUACCAGCUAAGUUUAACAGAUCACUCUCGACCACGGCAAAACCUAAGUGGCUACAAUUUUUUUUACGCGGAACAGUACUCGAAGCUGAAGCCUUCACACCAGGGCCAUGCGAAAGCUAUCAGCAAGGAAAUCGGGGUGUUAUGGAACAGGCUCACAGACGCUGAGAAACAGGUUUAUCAGGAAAAGGGUAUGAAAGAUAAGGAGAGAUACAAGACGGAGAUGCUCGAGUAUAAGUCUUCGCAGCCUGUUCAAACUCAAUAGACAACGUGAGAAUCUGCCCAUGGUCUUUCGGGAAGAGAGACUUUACUUUUCACAGGUAGGGACAAGAUCAGCGUACAACCAACCCAUAAACCUCACUUGUUGCUGUUGUUGGACUUUACUCACUACUAGGUUGUUUAAGUGCCAGCCACUAGCUGAUAAUAAUCCUAACUCCUCUGUGUAGAACCCACAUUAUAGUUCCUCAUUAGCUUCUUCUAUGUAUUGUUGCACUGUAAAUCAUUAAAGUUCCACAAGGUUUUCCCCCCAUUAAACCUUGUUGAUGGAAAUAUGGCACAUUGGUAUAAAAAUGAAUUAAGGUGAAAUUC